AUGACUUCUGACACCACCAGCACCUUCAACUACUACCUCCCUCCAUCUGACGGCUCUCGCAUUUACCAUAACAUCAACGCAGAUAGUGUCACGGGGAAACUGAUCCGCAACUGGGUCGAGGACCAGCAUGUCAUGCAGAUUGAGGACGUGCGCGGAAAGGAGGGACUUUACACGCUUGACAAUGCCGGAUUUCAGUAUGGGCGGGAGGCGGCGAAGCACACCAGCUUCUUGAAUGAUAGCGAGAUUGAGCGCGAAUACUAUCCUGAGAGCAUCGACCUCAUCAAGAGAGUUACGGGAGCAAGUAAGGUUGUCAUGUUCGAUCAUACUAUUCGUCGCCGUCGCCCAGGCGAGGCAGAUGAUGGUCCACAGAAGCGUCAACCUGUGGCCGUAGUCCAUGUAGACCAAACGACGGACUCCUCCAUUGCUCGCGUUCACAGGCAUCUCCCAGCAACAGAAGCUCCUUCCCUCCUUCGCAAACGCUUCCAAAUCAUCAACCUUUGGCGUCCCAUAUCGCAUGCAGCUGUAGACUGGCCGCUUGCACUAUGCGAUUUCCGGAGUGUCGAUGUCAAGAAUGACUUGCUGCCUGUCGCUCUCAUAUACCCUGAUCGCGAGGGUGAGACGUUUGGGAUCAAGUACAACCCAAACCACCAGUGGAAAUACAUGACAGCAAUGGUCCCUGAAGAGUUUGUUCUUAUCAAAUGCUUUGACUCAGUGCAAGACGGCAGUGUCGCCAGACUUACCCCUCACACUGGGUUCGAGGACCCGAACACUCCGGCGGGAACACCGCUUCGGGAGUCGAUUGAGUUGAGAGCUCUUGUAUUCUAUGAUUAGAAGACGUUUCUGCAAAUUGGGAUCGGGAAAUUGUUGAAAAGAUCAUACCACUCUACAUGUAGCUGUAUGUACUACUCUCGGACAUUUCACGCAAUCCUCGUGGAUUUGAGGUUCGCAUAUGACUGCCGUGUCACUGUCCAUGCAUUCAUGACAAGGGUCGAGAUGACAUUUAGUUCUAGGUGAUAGAUCCGUCUACAAUAAACGAACACG